AUGGAAAAGACCCCGAGUUCUACCACAAAGCUUGUAGAGGUGCCUCGAUUUGACGUAACUCAUGCAACAGAGGCUGAAAUAAUUGAUAAAGUCCACAAGCUCUGCGUUGAGCAAGGAAUCCCACUUGUGCUUGAAAACUAUCACUUAAAAAAAGAAUUCGACGCAGAGUUGUUUACUAAAGAAUGGAUUCAUCGAAAUUGUGGUGGCCAAGAGAUAGCAGCCCGGGAUGUAAAUAAUAUCCUGGAUGAACAAAUGAAAUUAUCGGAUUAUUUAGAUUAUGUCGAGAAAGUUUCAAAGGACACGAAAUCUGUACAACCGAUGCUAUAUGCAAAAGAUGUUUCAUGUCCGACUGUAUGGAAAGAUUAUAUCGGUAGUUUUUUACCAAGUUAUUUUAGAUAUAACGGAAAUAAUGAUUUAAUGGCAAAUUUGACACCGGAUCUUCGAGCUGAGAAUCUCAUGAUUUACAUUGGAGUCGGUGGAACAAAUACACCAUUGCACAAGGAUAUGUGUUCUUCAUUCGGACAUAAUAUAAUGGUUUAUGCGGAUCCAGACUCCUGGUCUACAUGGUACAUGGUUGCUCGUGAUGAUAAAGAAAAAAUGAGUGCGCUAGUACAGGCUCUGGGUCAGGAUGUCGAUCUUGAAAACUAUUACGUGCCAAUUGAUAUUUUAGAAAAGGCAAAUUUUACUGUAUACCACACUAAACAACAAGUCGGUGACUUUGUUAUGGUUCCAUCUGAAUGUUGUCAUGAAGUCAUCAAUGCGGGCUCCUGUACGAUCAAAGUCUCAUGGAACAGGAUAACUCCAUAUUCAGCGUAUCUGGGAGUAACAGGUGCUGUGCCUAGCUACCAAAAGGUAUUACGUCCUGAGACGUACCAAAUGAAACGUCUUGUCUUCGAGAGUUUAAGUAAAUGGACUGAGGCGAUAUCCGCGAAUUUACGUUAUUCAUCAACUGAUAAUUCUUCACCUAGUUUGGAUUUUGUCGCUCGAAUUGAAAAUGCACCAGGCAGGGACCUUCGGUCUGAGUACAAACUCUUAAUAGUCGCGUACAAGUACAUUGUAGAACAAGAAUGGGUUUCCAAUGAUUAUUGGAACGACAGCGUCCAUUUCCCAUUGACUCCAGACAACAAAUCACACAUGUCAUGCGAUUUUUGUCAUUGUGAUUUGUGGAAUCGCCACGUUCAUUGUUAUGAUUGUAUUACAGAAGCUGGCGUCAAUUACGACAUAUGUCUUAAUUGUUAUGCAAAUGGUCGUGCAUGUUCUCAUUUGAUGCAAAUUCGUAAAGGUCGAAAAAUGAAACGACUUCGUGAUGUUUACAUUUGCGCAAAGAACACGUUCGAAAGAAAAUUUGGAAAAGACGAUGAUUUGACUGAUCUUAAUGACUUAAUGAAUGAUUCAGAAGCCACAUUGGCAUACAUUUGUUGGAAAAAAGCUAACAACGGUGAAGAUAUGGGAUCCCGCGAUUUAAGAUCAAAAUUACCAGCGAAAGUUUAUAUGCAGCCUUACUGGCCGCAAGCUCGUCGCAAUUAUGAAGAAUAUGCAAAGGAGAGAUCAGAAAAACCCCGAAAAAAGAGAAGUCGCAAGCCUAAGACUACACAAGCUAAUAAUUCAGACCGUCAAUCUGCUACGACUGAUGCCAAUAUUAAAUCUUUACAAGAGAGUGACUUGUCUAACUACGAAUCCGAUAGUCUCCCUACAAAGGUUCAUACAGAGAAGAAAGAGUUUCACCAAGAAUCUGUAAAAUCUGCUAAUAGAGCUUCUAAUAAUAGUGGCGAAAAGAACACUUCCACCAGAAAAAGGAAAUCACGCAAAGUGACUAAUAAGUCUCCGGAAGAUUGUGAGACCGAAAGUAUUCCUAUUAAAAAGAAGUCAAAUCGAAGAGCUAAUCGUUCUUCAAAAUCAGUCAGUGAUACCACUAAAUCCGGUGCUAAAAAGAAAGAUCUUCAAGAACACGAUCAAUCUUUGCAAGGCGAUGAAUCAGUGGUUGUUUCUACUAACAAUGGCAAACGGUCGCGAAAUAGCAAGAAAUCUCAACCCGCUCUAAACAAACGAAGUCGAAUAGCAGACGAAAGCGAAUCAAAUAAUAAUAGUGAGAGCGUUAACGGCAUUGUUACAAAUAAUAGUCAAGAUAAGUUAGAUAACAAUUCCAGUGAUUCAAAUGUGCUUACGCCGAUCGAACGCGAUUUC